UAUGCACUCUCAGCGCCAACUGAAUCCUGCCCCGCAUCAUCACUGUCAACUCACCCUCAGAAAGCUCCCGAAUCGCCGAACCAGCGACCAGUCCUGAGGUGAAUAUUCAUUCGCUACCAGUACUUCUUUCCAAGAAUCCGAAUCUCAGCAAGCCUUCAUGCCAGACUACGCCACCCCCAACCUACCGUCGCGAGACUUUGACGCAACGUCCCGGUUCUACAAACAAUUCGGCUUCACCGAAUCGUGGCGUGAUGUAGAAUGGAUGAUUCUUAAGCGUGGCGGUCUCGUCCUUGAAUUCUUUCCGCACCCGGAGCUGGAUCCUGCUACCAGUUGGUUCAGCUGCUGCUUUAGGAUGGACGAUGUGGGCGCAUUUUUCGAAGAAAUUGUCAGAGCGGGAGUGCCCGUGCAGACGACGGGAUUUCCACGUACCCACCGACCAAAGCAAGAGGAAUCGGGCAUGACUAUAGGCGCGUUGAUCGAUCCAGACGGCUCUCUGAUCCGCUUGAUUCAGACCCAAGGCAGCAAGUAGCGGCGAACCGGACGAACAAGCUUGCCCACAUGUGUACGUUUAUUCGAGACAGACAUGCUCAUGUAUUCGUUCUAUCCGAAUAUGCUUCAGACCAAACAGCAUGAAAAAGGUGCUUCGUGUCUUGUUAGGGCCGGCUACGCAGACCUACCCCGCAUCAUCACUGACGACCUCACCA